CUCAAUAGAAACAAAGAUGGAGUGUACCAUGCAAAGAUAGCUAUUGCUAUUACUGUUUAUACUUGAAAAUAGUAUUAUAAUGCAUAUUUUUGGUAGUUAUUUUCACUGAAACGAUGCCGCUGUUCGCCUGAAAUGACAAUUAAAUUAAACGAUACGCUUGUAAGAAAUUGUUCACGGCAAAAUGAAAGUAACAAACUGGACUGUACGUGUUGAAGUAUGAGUCACACACUACUAUGUCAGUUUUUUACACUCCCGUGAUUGUGUUUUUUAUAAAUACUCCCGUAUUUGUAUAAAUUGAGAAACUGGUUAAUCAUGAACGUGCAGAUACUGCACGAUGGGUCACCCCUAUUGCGAGCUAUAUUUUAUGGAAACGCAGAAGAAGUUCUAGCGUUGCUAUCAAAACAAGAAGAUGCAAAUUGGCAAGACGUAGAAAAACGUUCUCUUCUCCAUGCAGCUGCAUUUAUGGGAAAUAGAACAAUUGUAGAAACGCUUCUAUUGCAUGGAGCUGAAGUAAGUGCUCUAGAUAAGAAAAUGUUAACUCCGUUGCAUAGAGCCUGUUGCUUAGGGCAUCAUAACGUAGUGGAUGUUUUAUUAUACUAUAAAGCAAAUGUCAAUAUUUGGGACCGCAAUUGGCAAACUCCUUUACAUGUAGCAGCAGCAAAUAAUGCUGUGCAAUGUGCAAAACUGAUACUUCCAUACGUAAGGAAUGUUAACAUACCAGACAGAAGUGGCAGAACAUGUUUGCAUCAUGCAGCUUACAAUGGACAUCUUAAAAUGACAGAAUAUUUGAUUCGAGUUGGCUGCAUAGUAAAUGCUCAUGAUAAAAAACAUCGUAGAGCUAUACAUUUUGCAGCAUACAUGGGUCAUGAAAGUAUUGUGAAAAUACUCAUAGCACAUGGAGCAGAUGUGAACGUUAAAGAUCGAGAUUUAUACACUCCACUACACGCAGCUGCAGCUUCUGGUAACGUUGAAUGUAUGCGUAUAUUAAUUAAUGCAGGAGCAGAUAUCGAAGCAAGGAAUGAGUAUGGAAAUACACCUCUGCAUAUUGCAUGUUUAAACGGCCACGCAGACGCGGUUAAAGAAUUAAUUGCAAAUUCCGUUAACAUUGAGACUGUAAACUACCGAAGACAAAGUUCGCUACACGUUGCCGCAGCUAGUCCACACGGUGUUAACUGUUUAGAAGUACUUUUACAAGCUGGUUCAAAAAUAAAUGUUCAGUCGAAAGAUGGACAUACGCCUUUACAUAUGACUGCAAUUCACGGAAGAUUUACUCGAUCAAAAACUUUAUUAGACGCUGGUGCAUUACCGCAUAUCGAGGAUAAAAUUAGAAAUACCGCUCUACACAUAGCUGCUUGGUUCGGUCACGAGUGUUUGACAACGACUUUGCUGGAAUAUGGUGCCUCUCCAGCAGCACGCAACGUUGAACUACGUAGGCCGUUGCACCUGAGUUGUCUAGCAGGGCAUGUCGAGGUUUGUAGAAAAUUGUUACAAGUCGAUAGCAGACGUAUAGAUACAAGAGAUGCUGGUGGUAGGACACCGUUGCAUUUAGCGGCAUUCAAAGGAUCUGUGGAUUGUUUAGAUUUAUUACUAUCCAGCGGUGCUAAUUUUCGAUUAACCGAUAACGAUGAUAGAUUAGCACUUCAUUAUGCUGCUAGCCAGGGUCAUUACCUUUGUGUUUUCACAUUGGUUGGAUUUGGAAGUGAUUCCAACGCACAAGACGUUGACGGCGCAACCCCUUUGCAUUUAGCAGCGGCCUCGAAUCCUACGGAUUCUGGUGCUCAAUGCGUUCAAUAUUUACUGAAACAUAAAGCAGAUCCACGUUUGUGCGAUAAACGUGGUUUUACUGCAAUUCAUUAUGCGGUAGCUGGAGGAAAUCAGCCUGCUUUAAAAGCUCUAUUAGAAGCUUGUCCACAAGUGAACUUGGAUACAUCGUCUAAUUCAGCAGAUAAACAAGAACCACAGGCACCAGCGUUGACACCUUUACAUCUUGCUGCAUAUUAUGGACACAGUGAAAUAUUGAGCUUACUUUUACCAUUAUUUCCAAAUACUAAUAUUAAAGACAAUACCGGCAAAACGCCUUUGCAUUUAGCAUCUUGUAAAGGUCAUCGACAGUGCGUCGAGUUAUUGUUAAGACAUGGAGCUUUCGUAUCCGUUCAAGAUUCUAUUGCAAAACGUACUCCAGUGCAUUGUGCAGCUGCUGCAGGUCACAGUUUAUGUCUAAUACUUCUUUUGGAAAACACGGAAGAUCCAAGCGUAGUUGAUUGCUUCGACGCAAAGCAACGUACUGCUUUAACAUUAGCAGUGUCACAUAGUAAUACAGAGUGCGUCAUUUCACUUUUAAGUUAUAAAGCUGAUUGUAAUUUGCCAGACAUAAACAAACACACGCCAUUAUUUCGAGCAGUGUUUAGCGAACACGAUCAGCAACUAGUGAAGUUGUUGUUAUCGCGCGGUGCGCAGGUAGCGGUACAGGAUACAAAUGGUAAAACGCCGUUGCAUUUAGCUGCUGCAUGUGGAAAGGUGAAAUCAUUAGCCGAGCUGGUAAAAGCUGAUCCCGAAGCUGCAACCUUAAAAGACGAUCAAAAUUGUACUGUUCUUCAUUGGGCUUGUUACAGUGGAAACUCUAAUUGCGUGGAUUAUCUUUUGAAACAAGACGUAAUCGAAUCAUUGGAGGGUCAUCCAUUUUCUGCUACACACUGUGCGGUGUAUCAGGGAUCGGUGGAUUGUUUGAAGCUAUUAAUAAAGAAAUUUGGAGGAAAAGCAGUUGCUGGUCUAAAGGAUAAUCCGGGCGAUCGACUACCUCUACACGUUGCAGCCAGUGCAGGUACCGUCGAAUGCGCGAGAUUAAUAUUGAAGUCCGUUGGUCCAGAUAUCGCUGGUCUCGAAUCCCGAGAUUAUUUAGGCCGAACGCCUCUUCUUUGUGCCGCUGUUACGGGCCAAUGUGGUGUCAUUGAGAUAUUGCUCGAGCGAGAAGCUGACGUGAGCGCCGUUGAUUGCAACAAGAAUACAGCACUGCACUUGGCUUGUCUAAGACGACACUCUGCUGCUGCUUUACUACUGUUAAAUUGGAUUGAUUCGGGUAAUUCGAGCGAGGAAAAUUCAACACAAUCGCAACAACAGCGCCUAGCCGUUAUUAAUAUGACCAAUAAACAACAAAGGACUCCGUUACACUUGGCAGCGAGGAAUGGACUUGUUAAAGUAACGCGCCAUUUGUUGCAAUUAGGAGCAAGCGUUGUGGCUGUCGAUGGGGAAGGUUUAACUCCUGCACUGGCGUGCGCUCCGAAUCGUGCUGUGGCGCGUUGUUUGGCCACUAUCCUUGCCGCUCAUGGUCAACAUUGGGAAGCAGCGCAACAGUCUCCGUCGAUUCAACAAACGUCGGAAGUGUAUUUAAAUGGCAGGAGUGGUGACUCCCAGCACAGCUCAGAUUCCGAGUUUUACUGACAAUAGUCGUCGCAGCCAGACCAUCGCGGGUCUCAAACUUCAAACGUUGAAGCAACUCAUAGAAAUACCGAUGCUGCGAAAUGGUGCCUGGAAUCGGUUCGAACCCAGGCUUAUGAGAGCCUGGUUCUAUUACUUUAUAUACAUGACAUUGUCGAAAACAUACACGCCAUCAACAUUCUAUUCGCGAAACCAGUAUUUUCUAUAUAGCUUGCGAAAAGAUAGAAUAAAUAUUGUUAUUUAUACUUCGUAAAGUGAUCGUCCGCUGCAUUCCUUCGUAUUAACAUUGCAUACUAUACAUAUUAUAUUGUCGUUAACAACGUUUCUGUAUUUUCCUACGGACUGGAGACAUUGACACUCGCUUUUUUGGAACUGUACAUGUAACGACAAUAUUAUUAACGCAAAUAUAACAUGCACUAAGUAAUACUGAUACGAAAGGAUAGAAAAAGGUCUAAGCAUAGAUAAAGAAUUAUACGCACAAUUUAAGUUAAAUAGAGCAAUAUGUACUUCUUUAUUAGAAGAAAAAACCAGGAAACAAAAACUUGCUUUAGUACGCAGUUACAUGCAUGCAAAAUAUGUAUGAGGACGUGAAGUGGGUACACAACCGAGUCUCUGCCAAGUUGCAUAGUUCGAGGAUUCACUGUACGACACUUAUUUUAUCUCUUCGCGAAUUAUACAAGGAAUACUGGUUCGUUAUUCGGAAUGCCCAUCAAAUCUGCGCGUUUGAUAAUUGUCACGCGUAAUUCUAUACAGUAUAGUUUCAGUAUAUUGGCAUAUGGAUGGCAAAGAUUUUUACCACGGAACCAAACAACAUAAUUUUGAAGGUAAAAAUGUUAAAGAAAAUAAAUCUGGUUAAGAGUCAUGAACAUUGAUAACGUUACAGAAAGAAGCAUUCGAUAAACGUUAGAUUACGUAGGUUUCAAUUGUCUCAAAACAAAAUUUUAUCUCUUUUUUAUUUCAUCUGGCAUUUAGCGUGUUAAAAUGAAUUUGAUAUAAGAUACAUCUUUUCUUCAAAUUAUUUAAUAUUUGACGUGAGAAUAUAAUUUUAUAAAUUAUAAAUGGAUGCUGGCGAAUGAAAUGACUUUAGACUAACGUACCUGGAGAAUGAAACUAGACCCGUAUUUACAGAGAGUGUAGAACGUAUUUGUAUACCGAUCAAUUUCCAAAAAAACUGUAAAAUUGUAAUUUAUUAACUUAUUUUUUUAUAAGCAAUGACAUUCUACAUAUUCUCGGAAAUCUCUAGAAUAGAUAGAUUACAAAAAAA